GUCCUCCACGGCCGCUCCGCAGUCUCUUAUUGUUCCAUGUGGCCUCGGUGGGAGGACGGAUGCGCGGUCCAUCCUGCCGCCUGUUGUUCAGCCUCUCGGCCAAUCAGAGCGCGGCUGCCGCUCGGUCGCGGUCCAAUGAGAGCCGCGAGGUCCGGGCUCGGAUCGAGAGUUGGGUUGUUCAAUCUGCGAGGGGGACAACAAGCAGCUCCGAGUGCACCGGAUGGAUGCGUGUCGGCGAUGAAUGUUCCUGUUGGUGCUGGUGGUGACAGAGGGCAUGGGUGAUCUGGUGGCGUUGAGCUCCCUGCAGAGGUUGUGAUGUAUCUUUUUAAACCUGGUCAAGAAAACCCCAUUUCCACAUGAGCUGCUGCUUGGCUACAGGACGUGUGUCCUAUCACUGAGGCCACAUGUGUAUCUGGAGAGAUGGAUCGUUGUAAGCACGUGGUACGCCUUCGCCUGGGCCAAGACCAUUCCAUCCUCAAUCCACAAAAAUGGCAAUGUGUGGACUGCAGCACUACAGAUUCGGUGUGGGCCUGCCUCAAAUGCUCCCACGUGGCAUGUGGACGUUUCAUGGAGGAGCACUCGCUCAAACACUUCCAGGAGUCACACCACCCACUGGCUAUGGAGGUGCGUGAGCUGGACGUCUUCUGCUUCGCCUGUGGAGACUAUGUACUCAAUGAUAAUGCAGAGGGAGAUCUCAAACUCCUCCGAGGGGCGCUCUCCACGGUCCGCAGCCCAGGUAGACGCUCGCUACGCUCCUCCACUGGUGGGGAGUGCACACCCAGGGCCGGGGAAGGCGGGCCUCAGCCCGCCAUGCAGCUGGCCUCGCGGCACAGGAGGAAAGCACUUCUAGGGAAGAUGUUUCGGACGUGGAUUGGCAAACAUCACGACCUGGAGAAUCAACGCAAAGAGAAACUGGAGGAAGCUAAAAGACAAAAGAAAGAGGUUAAAAGGAGACUCAUGGAAGAGCUUAUCAAUGUACCUCCCAGAAAGAGCGCUAGGCUUCUUACUCAGGCGCCACGCUCAACCAUCACACUCAUUCCUCGCAAAUUUCGUGACCCUCCAGAACGCCUACCUCCUCCUCCCAAGAAGCCUUCCCUUCUGACCCUGUCCCGCAAGGUUCCUCAGAAUGGCAGACCUGCUAAACUGAGGAGAUACUACUCCACGCAUGCGGUGACCAGAAGGAGACUCGCUCCAGGUGUCACUGGUCUCCGCAACUUGGGGAACACAUGCUACAUGAACUCAAUAUUGCAAGUGCUGAGCCACCUGCAGAAAUUCAGGGAGUGUUUUCUCACUUUGGACCUGUGUGAGACCGAGGAGCUGUUGGCUAAGACCAAUCACUCCCAGGGAGUGACAGGAGUGACAGGAGGUGUCGUCAGCAGCGAUAACACGGCUCUGUCAGGAUGCCCGCUCGGACGCAUGGGGAAAGCAGGUUGUUGGAAUUUGCCAGAGGGCAAAAAGGAAAGCGUUCCUCCUUCCCCGCAGGCUGCGGAGUUGGUUCAGCCCAAGGAGCCCCGCUCCUCCCCCCGCCAGCAGAUGUCUCUGUGCCAUGAGUUGCAUACACUUUUCAGGGUCAUGUGGUCAGGCCGGUGGACUUUGGUAUCUCCCUUUGCCAUGCUGCACUCCGUGUGGAACCUCAUCCCAGCUUUCCGGGGCUACGACCAACAGGAUGCCCAGGAGUUCUUGUGUGAGCUGCUGGACAAGGUGCAACAGGAGCUGGACACCGAAGGUUCCAAGCGUAGGAUUGUUAUCCCCAUCACAAAGAGGAAACUAUCCAAGCAAGUGCUAAAGGUUCUUAAUACCAUCUUUCAUGGGCAGUUACUGAGCCAGGUGACGUGUCUGUCCUGUAAGCACAAAUCGAACACAGUUGAGCCAUUCUGGGAUUUGUCAUUGGAGUUUCCAGAGCGGUAUCACAGCAUCGACAAAGGCUCUGGCUCCACAGCUUACCAGCGCAGCUGCACCCUCACUGAGAUGCUGUCCAAGUUUACAGAGAUGGAGGCUCUUGAAGGCAGCAUCUAUGCCUGCAACCACUGCAACAAAAGAAGACGGAAAUCAUCCCACAAACCCUUAGUUUUGUCAGAGGCGUGUAAGCAGCUUCUGAUCUACCGCUUACCUCAGGUUCUACGGUUGCACCUCAAACGCUUCAGAUGGUCAGGACGGAACCAUAGAGAGAAAAUCAGCGUCCACGUGGCCUUUGACCAGGUUCUGAACAUCAAACCAUACUGCUGCACGGGCUCAGGUCACUCUGUCCACAGAGGUGGCUACACCUACGAUCUGUCUGCUGUAGUUAUGCAUCAUGGUAAAGGCUUUGGCUCAGGGCACUACACCGCUUACUGCUACAACACAGAAGGAGGUUUCUGGGUCCACUGUAAUGACUCUGAGAUGAAGGUUUGCAGUGUGGAGGAAGUGUGCAACACUCAGGCCUACAUUCUCUUCUAUACCCAGAGGUCUGCCUAAGCACCUCUCGCUGUGAUGUCGACCUGUACGUGACAACUUGGGGCCGCAUUUAUGAAAAGGUUCUCUGAUAUUUUCCUGAAUGUCAAAUAAACUCUUGAUUUAUGAUGACGA